AUGUGGCUAACGCGUACCCAGAACCCACUGCUAGCGGCAUCCAGCGCGGCUCAGAACAAGGAGCAGGAGGAGGAUCAAUUGUCGGAUUAUGUCCCCAACUCUCGCGAUUUGAGCGUGUCAAGAGCUCCUUCAGUCAUCACUUCUGAAGAACCUCGCCACCUCAACACUGCCCCCCAGUCGCCAGAGAAGGAUGGAGAAGAGGAACAGGAGGAGGACGAUGAGCUUGGAGACGACGACUUGGAUGAGGAUGAGUUGGCGGACGGGAAGAAGGUUACGCCUUCGGUGGCUAAGCGCGCCGCCCAGGCAAAUGCGAAAAAGGCGCAGAUUGCGGAGAGGAAAGCUCAGCACGCCGAAAUCAGCAAGAAACGCGAUGCCAUCGAGCAAGCUCAGUUUGCCGAUUCGAUGAAGAGGUUCAACUAUCUCCUGGGUCAGACCGAAUUGUUCCAACAUUUCAUCGACUUGAAGAAGUCGCGUGAACCAGAGUUUGCAAGGAUGUUGGAUGAGCAGCUUGCCAAGACUAGCGGAAAGGGCAAGAAGAAGGCCAACGACGCUCGUCACCGAAAGUCUGAGAAGGAAGAGGAUGAGGAACUCUUGAAGAAUGGUGACGAUGAGGAACAGCCUUUCGUUUUUGAGGAGAGCCCUGCAUACGUCAAAGGUGGCAAGAUGAGGGACUACCAGGUGCAAGGUCUCAAUUGGAUGGUCUCCCUCCACCACAACGGUAUCAACGGUAUUCUCGCCGACGAAAUGGGUCUCGGUAAAACUUUACAAACUGUGUCUUUCAUCGGCUACCUCAAAUUCCACUGCGCUACUGCUGGCCCCCACCUUAUCAUCGUCCCCAAAUCUACCCUCGAUAACUGGGCGAGGGAAGUCGCCAAAUGGGUACCCGGCUUCAACACUCUUGUUCUCCAAGGCUCCAAAGAGGACCGAGCGGAUCUGAUCGCUGAAAGGGUUUUGACCCAGGAUUUCGACGUCCUCAUCACCUCUUACGAGAUGUGUCUUCGUGAAAAGUCUACCUUGAAGCGAUUCAGCUGGGAGUACAUCAUCAUCGAUGAGGCUCACCGAAUCAAGAAUGUCGACUCGCUUCUGUCCCAGAUCAUCAGAACUUUCGUCUCCCGAGGCAGGCUGUUGAUUACCGGUACUCCUCUGCAAAACAAUCUGCAAGAGCUGUGGGCCUUGCUCAACUUUAUCUUGCCCGACGUCUUUUCUUCCAGUGAAGACUUUGAUGCCUGGUUCAAGACCAAGGACGAGUCGGACCCCGAUGCCGUGGUGAAGCAGCUUCACAAGGUCUUGCGUCCCUUCUUGCUUCGUCGAGUCAAGGCCGAUGUCGAGCACUCACUCUUGCCCAAGAAGGAGAUCAACCUCUACGUCGGUAUGACUGAGAUGCAAAGGAAGUGGUACAAGUCCCUGUUGGAGAAGGAUAUCGAUGCCGUCAAUGGUAUGACUGGUAAGAAGGAGGGCAAGACAAGGUUACUCAACAUUGUCAUGCAACUCCGAAAGUGCUGCAACCACCCCUACCUCUUUGACGGUGCCGAGCCCGGACCCCCUUUCACCACCGAUCAGCACCUUAUCGACAACGCCGGUAAAAUGGUCAUCCUUGACAAGCUUCUUACCUCUAUGAAGGCCAAAGGCUCUCGAGUCCUCAUCUUUUCCCAGAUGAGCCGAAUGUUGGAUAUUCUCGAAGACUACUGUCAAUUCAAGAACCAUCAGUAUUGCCGAAUUGAUGGUGGUACUGCUCACGAGGACCGUAUCGCUGCUAUUGAUGAAUACAACGCCCCGGACAGCGAGAAGUUUGUUUUCCUUUUGACCACCCGUGCUGGUGGUUUGGGUAUCAAUCUUGUCACUGCAGACAUCGUCGUACUGUUCGACUCUGACUGGAACCCGCAAGCGGAUCUCCAAGCUAUGGACCGAGCUCAUCGUAUUGGUCAGACCAAACAAGUCUACGUGUUUAGAUUCGUCACGCAGGAUGCGGUCGAGGAGAGAAUCUUGGACAGGGCCACUCAAAAGUUGAAGCUGGAUCAGUUGGUUAUUCAGGAAGGUCGAGCUCAGCAAGUCGCAAAGGCGGGACAAGGAAAAGACGACUUGCUCGAUAUGAUCCAGCACGGUGCCGAAAAGAUCAUCAACAAUGACCAAAGUAUGUUGAUCGACGACGACAUCGACGAGAUCAUUAAGCGAGGAGAGGGCAAGACCAAAGAGAUUAACAGCAAAUACGCUGGUCUCGACCUCGAUGCUUUGAACAACUUCAAGUCUGAAAGUCUUGUCAGUACCUGGGAGGGCGAGGACUACAGCAACAAGCAACAGAAGAGACCCUUGCUUUGGAUUGAGCCCUCCAAACGUGAACGAAAGACCAACUAUUCUGUCGAUCAAUACUACAGAGACUCUCUGAAGACUGGUGGCCCCAAAGCCGACAAACCCAAGGUUGCCCGUGCUCCCAAGCAGGUCAUUGUGAACGACUUCCAGUUCUACCCCCCUCGACUCAUCGAGUUGCAAGACAAGGAGACAGACCAUCACAAGAAGACCAUCAACUACCAAGCGCCACUGAGAGAGCCUGAAGAGGGCGAGACCAAAGCGGAUGUCGAGGCUGAGCAAAAGGAAGAGCAGGUCAGAAUCGAGAACGCCGUGCCUCUGACUGAGGAAGAAAUUGCUGAGAAGGACAACCUGAUCGGUGAAGGCUUCCACGACUGGCAACGAAGACACUUCCAAUCUUUCAUCCGAGCUCUUGAGAAGUACGGCCGUGAUGAGCUUGACAAGGUGGUCACGGAUGUUGCGGACAGGACCGAGGAGGAGGUCAGAGAAUACGCUGCCGUCUUCUUUGAGAGGUACAAGGAGCUCAAAGACUGGGAGAGGAUCAUGGACCGUGUUCGGGCUGGUGAAGAGAAGAUCAAGGAGCAGCAAGAUCGAAUCGACGUCCUGCACCGCAAGAUCAAAGCCAACCGCUUCCCCUUGCAGGAACUCAAGAUUGUCUACGGUCAGAACAAGGGCAAAGCCUACAGUGACGAGGAGGACAGGUUCUUGUUGGUCAGGAUGCACCAUCACGGCAUUGACCGAGAUGACUGCUACGAAUUGAUCAAGCGGGAUAUUGGGGAAUGGCCACUCUUCCGAUUUGACUGGUUCUUCAAGAGUCGAACUCCUGAUGAGCUGAGAAGACGUGCUCAAACCUUGCUGCUGUGUAUCAUGAAGGAAGACGACAAGGUCGAGGAUGAGAAGAAGCCUACCAAGGGCAAGAAACGACCCAUCGACGACCUGAAAUCCGGGGCUGGUUCUAGGGAUACUACGCCAAGUGUGGCUGGGGGCAAGAGCCACAAGAAGAAGAAGGUGUAA